UCACUUGAUGCUGUUAAAUUCACGUUGAAAGAGGGGAUGUCGCGCUUCUUUGCCAUAAUAUUUCUUUGUCAGGCGUGGCUAUCACUCGCAGAGGAUCUUGGCGACUUGGAGGACUUCAGCAGUGACGAUGUGGCAAAUUUACCCGCAGAAAAAGAACUUGGCGACUGUCCACCUCCCCCGACCCUGCCCAACACGAAGCGGAGUUCAAGCGAUAAAACAAUAACUUCAGUCAUAACUUAUCGAUGUAUAGAUGGAAUGGCGAUAGUAUCUGGAGACGAGAAACGUGUAUGCCGAGUCAGUCUCAAGUGGAGCGGAAAAGACCUUGUCUGCAAACCAAUACCAUGCCUACCUUUACACGACAUACCCCACACAACUCGCAACAACCGAAAGACUGCGGUAGGAACUGUAACAAAUUUCAGAUGUAAUGAGCACUUCUCACGGGUAUCAGGAGACACUAGGAGAGUAUGCACGAAGGGAUCAGUUUGGUCAGGAUCGGAUCUAGUAUGCAAAUCCACCAAUUGUCCACCCCUUCAACCAUUAAACGCCAAUCAGAACUCGACGGAGGUCUAUCAGGGAAGUGUGGUCAAGCUAGACUGUGCGAAAGGAUUCAGGAGAAUCGCUGGUGACACUCUUCUGGUCUGUGAAGCCAACCAAACAUGGUCUGGAAAGGCUCUUAUUUGUCAGGGAAGGGCUUGUCCAGAAGUUCCAGCAGAAUUAUUCACAAAUGUAAAGCCAAAAUUACAAUUUACAAAUAAUGGGACAGCCGCAUCCAAACUAGGUUUUUCUGACAAGAGAUUACAACGAGUUGGCCUUUGGAGAAUGCCUGGUCUUUGGAGAAUGGCGGGCACAUCAGUGAUCAGUUUUAAAUGCAGGAAUGGACGUUAUCCUACUGGUGGCAAUACUGAAAUCACUUGCAGAUACGAUGGGACUUGGUCAGGAAGACCAUUGACUUGUAAUCCCGCCAAUCUCGCCUUAAAGAGGCUUGCCUUCCAGAUCCACACCCAUACAUACGGAGGUGAAGCAGCGUUGGCGGUUGAUGGUAAUACAAGCCCUUUGUGGACACGAAGGAGUUGUACACAUACCAAUAUGAAUAGACACGAGACUCACCCGUGGUUGGCGGUAGAUUUGAUGGAAAAAUAUCUAAUCGGAUCAGUUUCUUUGACUAACAGAGGCGACUGCUGUGGGAAUCGCCUUGCCAACUUUACAAUUGCGGUAACCAAUCAAAGACCAAUCGAAGGGUAUCCGUACCGACCCCAGCCAUCGACUGUCUGCUGGUACUCCAAGGACCAACAGAAACAAGGUCUUACAAAGAAUUACAAGUGUCAGGCACCUUUGAUAGGCCGAUAUGUAGUCGUAUCCAUGCAAAACGGCCACGAAGUAUUAACGUUAUGUGAAGUACAGGUAUUCAAAAAGAAGGGUCUAGCAUGGUUGAAGCCAGCAUCCCAGAGCUCUACCUUUCGGAGUUAUACUGCCUCUCGAGCAACAGACGGCAAUUCCAACCCCAAUGCCGUGGCAGACACCUGUAGCUGUACGAAGGUGCAGGGCAACCCCUGGUGGGCGGUCGACCUCAAGCUAUCUACAAAGAUAAAUGAAGUCUUUAUCAGUUAUCCAACUGAUCGCCUAUUAGAAAACAAGAUGUUCAACUUCACCAUCUCUGUGACGAACAAGAUGCCUGGCCCUUCUUUCGUCCCGACCUUGACUGAGGUUUGCCUUUUCCAAGCGGAUCGCAUGAACCCGGGAGAACUGAAGCAGUUCAAGUGUCAGAAAACGAUGACUGGUCGCUAUGUUGUUGUUUCGAUGAAGGGAAGGAGUAUGUUGUCACUAUGUGACGUCACUGUGCUUGGUUAGAGUAACAGGCACCUCGGCACGAGAUAUCCAACAUGCUGAUAAAAAAACAUGUACCGGAAUAUUCCUAACACCUUCGCUGCAAAACCCUACGUUUUUCAGAUAGAUCUCGCCAAAGGCACUUGUGAUCACAAGUAGUAAUGUUACACAACUCUGGGCAGCCGGUGUCAUAGUUGACCAGCUUCAGUAAGUUGAUACCGUGAAAGAGCAUUGGUAAGCCCAACCCUAAGGAAAAUCUAGUGUUGUGCAACACCACUAUCCUCGGCUCUGGUUAAUGUGAUCUGGUCACAUUCCUGAGGUUCAACUAACAACCUUUGGCCAGAACCAUAUGAAAAACACUAUACCGCCACUUUUGCCACCAUGCACAUGUACAUUUAAGUCUGAGCUACGCCAGCCCAAAGUUACGUGGCGAAUGUACACAUUACACAUGUCAUAUAUAUUUUGAAACACAACUGGACAACUAAAACACCAACAUCUUCUUCGCAGAGCUGCUUUAGAAGAAAUGAGACAAAGCGAUCGAUGCUGAGGUCUUAAAUGUUGGCAAAAAACUGUAUGUCUACGCUAACAUAAAGUCCUUUCCAUUACAACUCUGCUAUAUGCAUUUUCUGAAGCAUGUGUCCACGUACUUUUGGGCCGUUGUACAAUAACUACAGGGCCGAUUACUUGAAAAUGUAGAUCUGAUUUUGGGACCCAACACAAUUUUCAUGUCAGAGAUAUGCAAAUUUGGUGAAACAAAAUUCAUUCGAGCCCUUUGACCAUUUCGAAGGCUAUCUUGACAUCAGAGGCGCUGAUUACGUUCCUUACAACGCCUCAAGUACAAGCAAUUUGCCACAAUCUUGAAAAACAGUAGGCCUAUACCGCGGAUAUAGAAAAGGAAAGAAUUUUUCGAUUUGCAAAGAGGCCAUAGCAUCACCAUUGAUUGCUGUCCUACGCUGCACUUAUAGUUCUCUAUAAAAUCACCCUAACACCAGAAUGUGUCAGGCUUUAUUUAUAACGAACGUAUUUUGUUAUUUAUUGAUAAAAUAAAACGUUUAUGAGAAAAAGUGGCACUAAAGAUUUCAAGAAAAUUCGUCAAGUGGUACAGAACGAAAAAUGUCAAAAAUCAUUGCCCUUCGUGAAUGUACACAGACACCACUCAAACAAUGACUUGUAACCAUAGUUACUGAAAUGUAAACAUCGUAUUUGGUCCAAUCCUCGAAAAUCCAGAGUCAGUCGUAUUCUCUUCCCGUCGCACGCGUUAGGAUGCUUGGGUCCUGAAAUAAGAUUAAAGAAAAAAAAAACAUGGUAAACAUCGGUCCUGUAGUUUUCAGUGAGGGGAUUCAGACAGUGUCAGCAAGUCACUGUCCACUAUGGUUAUAACAGCGCUAGCAGACGACAAUAACAAAUAUGAAAACUCCGACAGAUUCAACAGCAAAUGAUUCCUGUUCUAUUGCACUCGGCGCGGAUUUGCUGGAAGGUAUUUCUUGAUGAUAACUUAAGACAUCUGUUCGUAGGUUUAUAUUGAUGUACCUAUUUUGAAUAAGUAGAAAUAAAGUAGACCUUUGCCUAAUUCAAGGUACAAAAUGCGCUUAUUUCUCCCAUAUCUGCCUAAGUUGUGAAGAUUAUUACAUGUGCUCUGUUGUGUAGCACAUACACAAGAAUAGGAAGAUAUGAUAACAAGCACUUCACUCAAAGUGUUCUACAAAGUGUUGCAAAAAUGCAAUAAAAGAAGGCAGACUGUCCACUAUAGCGGACAUUCAAGGCAGUGCAUGAAAGUAACCAGAGCGGACAGUCUGCCGUCUUAUAUUGCAUUUAAAGUCACUUUAUAGAACACUUUGAGUCAAAUGCUUGUGAUCAGAUCUGCCUAUUCUGGUGUACAGUCCUGAUCAUAUUAAUAUCAACACCUUCUUCAUUCAAUAUCUCCCAAUCGAGUGCACCAAAUCCAAUACGGUUUUCAGGAUAUUAUCAGGAAAUCUUGUUUUCUAUUUAUUCAUUAUGGCAGCAAUGCGAAUGUACGAGUCUUUCAUUAUGUAAUCAGCCAAUUAAAAAUCCCUAACAAAGAAA